AUGUUUUGCUGCAGAUAUGUAUCUGUUGAGAGGUAUUCUGAAGCAUUAGAUAUCCUACAUUCAGGAGCUUGCCUUCAAUUGACUCAUGGGCAGUUUGUUACAUGUGGAGCAGAGCUUACUUCAAUGUAUGUGGAGACCUUAGUGAAAGGGAAAAUUUCUUAUGAUGAAAAAAUACUUGAUCUUGUCAAGAAAAUCUAUCAGGCGUUUCCUCGGGUUCCACUGCCACAACACUUGUGGGAUGUUGAUGAUGUGCAGCAGCUUUCUGAAGACAUCGGAACAGCAAAGGCACGUGUUGAAGGCUGUUCCUCAUUCUUAAAAGCUGCUAUCAGAUGGUCAGCCGAAUAUGGAGCAGAUAGUAAUGGAUCUCCUGAACUGCACAUUAUGCUAGUCGAAUACAUAUAUUCGAAAAGUCCUGAGGCGGAUAUAGGUAAAGUAACAUAUCAUUUUAUGAGAGGAAAUGAUCCAAAGAAGUUUGCUUCUACUCUGGUGAACUUUCUGGGCAAGUGCUAUCUUGGUGAAGAUGAUCUGGUGAUUGCUCGAGCAGUUUUAAGGUAUUUGUGUCAAGGUAAUUUGAGAGAUGCCAACCUACUAGGUGAAGAGGUAAAGACACAAAUCGAAUCCACCAAGAUUGAGUUCCCAAAGUCAGAGUUAAUGCAGUUCAUCACUUAUCUUUUGCAAACGAUGGAGAGAGAUGCUUUACCUCUUUUUAAUAUGUUGAGAGUAAAUUAUAAGUCAAGUAUUGACAGGGAACCUGCAUUCCAUGAGAUGCUAGAUGACAUUGCAGAGAAGUUUUUUGGAGUACAGAGAAGGAAUCCCAUGGGGAUGUUUGGAGAUAUAUAUAUUCAAGUUGAUGGGGUCUGCUGA